UGUUAAAACUACACAUCUCGGAGAAAGAACUACAACGUUGUUGUAGUUCUGCCUUGCGCAGAAGGACUUUAGAGCCCUUUAAAUGUAGCCUACAGUACGUGCAAAGAUGGCAUCUCAAGCCGACUCGGUACAUGCGCAACAUGUGAAAGCAAGGGUAAAUGACAUCCUCGCCCGAUUAACGCAAGAGAAGAAAAAGAAGACAAAAAGGGACGCGUUGGCGCAGCCCCUGAAACACGAGCGGACGGAUAGAGACGCGAAGAAAGUGGAGCUCAAUCCUCUCCGGCAUCACGACCACCACCACCAACAGCAGCCCGCCGAGCCACGGGAGCACCAACAGCUGCACAAAAACCAAAUACAUAACAACUUUUGCUCUGGAAAACCUUCCACGCUACCAAACCAUUACCACCAUCACCACCACCAUCAUCUCCAUCACAGCAGCCGCACCAACGGCGCAAAGAAGAAUGCACCACCUGCCUCCUCGCAGAAGGUACCGCCGCACAAACCGGCAAAGAAGCGUCCGUUGCCUCCCGCUCCUCUUCCGUUAUUUACUUUUCCGCCUCUCAGAGGGGCCAAGGUCAAGACGCAGGGGCGCACUGAGCCGCGUCGGGAGAAGGACCACCGGCCCCACGGGAAGAAUGAAAACACCGGGGCCAACGUGACACACACAGAGCUGAAGAAACCACAGCGAGGUGAGUCACGGCCUCGCGACGAGAAUGUUAAAUCCCAAGCGCUGCUGGCGGAAUACCUCCUGAAGAAGUCAAAGAAGAGGAAGAGGAGGCAUCACAGCGAAGAUGAAGACCAGCCCAGCGGCGGGAAGCUCAGCGGCGUCGUGCGCCACAUGGAGGUGCAGACCGUGUGCACGGGACCGGCAGCCGACCUCACCUUGUCCCCCGCUCACCCUGCUCCUCCUCCUCCUCCUCCUGACCAGGAAGGUCGGCCCGAUCACCGCCGCCACCACCCCCAUCAUCCCCCAGACCAUCCUCCUCAUCCUCACGACCACGCCCACCUCCGCACCCCCAGGGCUCCGUUCCUCUCCCAUCAGGACCACUCCAUCCGCAGCGCGUGCCUUCAGACGGCCGGCUGGCACGGCCGCUUCAUGCACGAGGAGCGGCAGGCCAACGGCGGCGGCCGGGUCCUCCACGCCUACGCCGACGAGCUGGCCUCGCUGGGGGCCGACCACCUGAGGGCCUUCGCCGGGGAGUUCAUGGAGCGGGCGUUCGCCGAGACGGGCCGCAGCCAUCGAGGGAAGAGGAGGCCGGCCGGGGCCCGCUACGCCCUGGCGGUGGUCCACGGGGCCGCCGCCUACCUGCCGGACUUCCUGGACUACUUUGCGUUCAACUUCCCCCACACGCCGGUGAAGAUGGAGCUGCUGGGCAAGAAGGACAUCGAGACCACCACCAUCGCCGACUUCCACGCCCAGGUGAGCCAGAGCUACUGCUCGGGGACGUACCGGGCCGGGCCCAUGAGGCAGAUCAGCCUGGUGGGGGCCGUGGACGAGGAGGUGGGCGACUACUUCCCAGAGUUCCUGGACAUGCUGGAGGAGUCUCCCUUUCUCAAGAUGACCCUCCCAUGGGGCAGCCUCUCCAGUCUGAAGCUGGAGUGCAGGUCCCAGAGCGACGACGGGCCCAUCAUGUGGGUGCGCCCCGGGGAGCAGAUGGUGCCCACCGCAGACGUGCCCAAGUCCCCCUUUAAGCAGCGCAGGACCAUGAACGAGAUCAAGAACCUGCACUACCGGCCGCGGAGCAGUGCACCCCGAGAGGUGCUGUUUGAGGACCGCACCAAGGCCCACGCCGACCACGUGGGACAGAGCUUCGACUGGCAGAGCACGGCGGCGGUCGGCGUCCUCAAGGCCGUCCAGUUUGGAGAACGUGGUAACCGGCCCCGGAUCACCAAAGACGUGGUGUGUUUUCAAGCGGGAGACUUCAACGAUGUGGUGCAGAGGCUGCAGCUGGACCUCUAUGAGCCCCCAGUGUCUCAGUGUGUGCAGUGGGUGGACGACGGGAAGCUGAACCAGCUGCGGCGCGAGGGCAUCCACUACGUGCGCACGCAGCUCUGCCACGACGACAUCUACUUCAUCCCCCGCAACGUCAUCCACCAGUUCAAGACGGUGUCGGCCGUCUGCAGCCUGGCCUGGCACAUCCGCCUGCAGCAGUACACCGCCACGGAGGAGGAGGAGGAGGUGAUGGUGGAGGGCGGAGGGGAGGGGGAGAAAGGAGGGUCUGAUACCACCGCGACCGUCCGAGCCCGCCCGCAGUUGGAUGGAGGGGGGUCCCGGAGACCCGCGGUCCCCUCGCCUCGCAAGCCACCGAGGGAGGCUUCCCCCCCGCCUGCUCUGUCAGGCCGUAUGCCCCCCCCACUGCCACCGUCGCACAGGGACCCUCCCCCUCACCGGGCACCCCAGUUCGGCUCUGGAGGCGCUCCGUCCCCCCUGCCUUGUCUGGCUCUUCCUUAGCCCCCCCCCCCACAAACACACACACAGACACCCUCCCAGUUUGUAUACUGACACACUUCAGACUCAGGCCCCUCCCUGAGCGCUUCGGUGAACGUGACCAUCGCCAACCAAGGGCUGGACUUGCUCGGCCGAGCGGUUAUUAAUUCCUGCGUUUGUCGGCUCAUCAGACCCCUUCAAGAGAGGGUCUGAGGACCUUGUCAUCGACCCCUCCCUGCCUCUCUCCAACACUCUCUAGUCCUGAAUCUCCUUACCACUUCUAUCACUGGUUGACUUUGAUUUAAAUCAACGAGAUUGAAGUCUCCUCCCUUAACCUAUAUCUUUUUAAAAGAUGCCUCCAUUUUGUCUAUGUAUAUUUCUAAAGAAAACAUACAAUCAGUAGCUAAAUUAUUUAGCUAAGCUAUUUAUUUGGGUGAUUAAUGAAGCAAAUACAUGUUGAUGUGCAAAGACAGAUAUUUUUGUGAUUGGACUGGAUAUUAAAUGUUAAUGAAAAACCUGAACCCCUUUUUUGGGGAACACACACUUACCACAAUACUUUUUACUGAAAAUGUUCAAGUCGUUAAACGGGGGGGGGGGGGGGGAUUCUCUGUAAAAUAGGAGGGGUCUGCUAUACUUAUCUGCGCCCCCUUCUCAAGCGAGAGGGCCCCUUGCACCUGCUGCUGUGAAACCCAAUGCCCAACCUCUUUUUUCUUUGCCUCCCAAUUAUUAUGUUUUCAUCUGCUGGGCGGAUGUUGUAGUAAAAAGGGCCUUUCAAUCCUGCAUACACCAGGCACAUUACACAUGGAUUAAAGACAUACACGAUACGCUGUUCCUAGUUCAUGCACAUAGUAUAUGCUUUGAAGAAUAUACACUUAUUUUCUAAAUGCCUUUUACAAAAAAAAUAUUUUGUACAGAGCCCCCGUGGACACUUGUUGAUUCUGUGUUCGGAUAUUCAUAAGAUGGCACAUUAAUAUAUGAAAGUAAAUGUUGUUUUUUGUUACCACUGAUGAUACAGUGUUGCAGAUGUGGACCAUUCUAUCACAGCUUAUAGACCUAAUUGAAAUGUUAUUAUUGUCAUGAAAUUUAAUAUUUGAAUUUGAACAGUGCAGUUAAAUCAGCACAAUGUAUGUUUUCCAAUUAUCAGCCUAUAGUGGCUUGAGGUGUAGCUACAGUUAUAGAGUGGGUCAAAUGUACGCAUAUAAUGUAUACGCAUUUAAAAAUGUCCGAUUUUAUAUAAAACUCAUUAACUAUGUUCUCCUAGA